GCACUGCGAAAAUAUUUCUAAAGAGGAAGAAGAUAUUCCAAUGAAAUUUUGUUAAAAUGUCUUUAAAUUGCUCUGCAUAGGUUAAUUUUCGAACUGCAGUAAUUUCAUAGCUUUUAAUUUUAGUACAGCUUCAACUCAUAUAGUUGGUACGACAUAUAAUUUAGAAAGAUGAGUGAAGGAGAGUGUGUAAAGGUCAUUGUGAGAUGUCGUCCCAUGAAUAAAAGGGAAAAUGACCUGAAGUGUAAACCAUGUCUCUCUAUGGAGUCAAAGAGGGGACAAUGUACAAUAAAGAAUCCUGGAGAUCCUAAAGCUCCCCCCAAAAUGUUCACCUUUGAUGGUUCAUACUACACAGACUCAGUUACAGAGAAUAUUUACAAUGAAAUAGCCUACCCGUUGGUAGAGGGUGUAUGUGAGGGAUAUAAUGGUACAAUUUUUGCCUAUGGUCAGACAGGUUGUGGUAAAUCAUUUACUAUGCAGGGUAUAGUUGAUCCUCCAACACAAAGAGGUGUUAUUCCAAGAACUUUUGACCAUAUAUUUGAAACAGUUUCUGUAAUAGAGGGUACAAAAUUUCUGCUACAUGCAUCCUACUGUGAAAUCUACAAUGAAGAAAUCAGAGAUUUAUUGAGUAAAGAUGUAAAAGCCAAGUUAGACUUACAUGAACAUCCAGAUAAAGGAGUUUAUGUCAACGGAUUAACUAUGCACCCAGUACACAAUGUAGCUGACUGUGAGAAAAUUAUGGAAAGAGGUUGGAAAAACAGAGCAACAGGUGCCACUUUGAUGAACGCUGAUUCAUCACGAAGUCACUCUAUAUUUAGUGUCAUGUUAGAAAUGAGUCAACAGGACGAGGAAGGAGAAGAUCAUAUCAGGGCAGGAAAACUCAACUUAGUAGAUUUGGCUGGUAGUGAAAGACAGGCAAAAACAGGAGCUACUGGUGCCAGAUUGAAAGAAGCAACCAAAAUUAAUUUGUCAUUGUCAGCCCUUGGUAAUGUCAUUUCUGCACUCGUUGAUGGAAAAUCUAAACAUAUACCCUACAGAGACUCCAAACUAACUCGUUUGUUACAAGACUCUCUCGGAGGUAACACAAAAACUCUGAUGAUAGCUUGUCUGUCUCCUGCUGAUAAUAACUAUGAUGAAACCUUGAGUACAUUGAGAUAUGCUAAUCGUGCCAAGAAUAUUACAAACAAACCCAAGAUUAAUGAGGAUCCUAAAGAUGCUUUGUUAAGACAAUACCAGGAAGAGAUUGAGAAGCUAAAAGCUAUGUUAGCUGGAAAGAUACCUGUAACAGCUUCAGAACCAAGCUCAUCAGAUAUGAAUGAUGAUGAUGAUUAUGACGGAUCUAAACAACAGGCAAAUAGACAGGACUUGGAGGAGGAGAAAGAAAGAAUAAGAGAGGAAUAUGAUGCAAGACUUGAAGACAUGAAAAAAGAAUAUGAAAACGAGAAGGUUUCAAAGAAUAAAAUACAGAAUGAUAUGGUGAGACUGAGAGCUUUCUACGACAACAAAUUAUCUAAUGUUGAUGGACAGAUUGCUGACCUACCACCCACUGCUGCAGUCUUAGGCGAGAUAGAAUGGAAAGAUGAAGAUGGGAACAUUCUGUCCCACCCUGAUCUGGAAAGCCUUGAAUCGGAACAAAAGCAACCAGGAGGAGGAAAAGUAUCACAAGCAAAUGGUGAAAUAAUCAGUGGAGAGGUCAUCCAACCAUCAAAAGAUGGAACAACAACCAUCAAACAAGCAGAUGGCAAAGUGGUUGUGAUUCCACCAGGUGUCACUGCUGUCAAACAGGAAGAUGGCACAAUUGUACAGGUUCCUGAGGGGAAAACGGCUGUCAAGCAGCCAGAUGGCUCAGUUGUUGUGGUUCCACAGGGCACUAAGAUUGUUUAUAAGAAUACAACCAAUACAGAAUAUAUCACAAAGACAGAGUAUGUGGAGAAAGAAGGGGAGGAACGACCAUCUUCUGUGAUGGGACAAGCUUUACCUGUGGGACCAGAUGCAGGAGAAAUGAAGAUUAUGACCAUGAAUCAGAACCUAGAGCCUGGAGCAGAGGAAGAAGUAACUGCUGUCAUGAUAGAUGGUGUACCCAUGUUAAACAACGAUGAAGGUUUGGUGGCACCGAGUUCUUCUCCAACUCAAAUUAACAUGCAAGACCAAAUUAAACACCAGCAGGAAGAGGCUUUAAAAAGAUUACAAGAGUUGGAAAGACAGAUGGUAGGAGGUGAACAGAGUGAUAAUGCAGAAAUGAAAGAAAGAAGAAAAAAUAGACAGCUGGUCGCAGAUGAAAGGAAGGAAAGGCUUAUGGAGGCCAUAGCUAACAUGGAUGAUGACUUUAUCAUGUUGGAGAUUUAUGAUGAUACGCAGGCAGAGUUACAAGCUAAAAAUAAAGUUUUAGAGAAGGAAAAAGACAAGAUUGAAUCAUUAGAAAGAGAUAUUAUAGACAUACAGUCAGAGUUCCAAUUUGAGAGAAUAGAUUAUCUUGAUACAAUCCGAAAACAAGAAAGACAACUCUUACUAUUGGAAGGAUUGAUAGACAAAAUUCAUCCUUGUUUGAGGAGGGAUUGUAACUAUGCAAAUAUUGAUAAAGUUAAGAAGGAAUGUAAAUGGGAUGAAGAAACUGGAAGAUGGAUAUUUCCCAGGAUGCAAAUUAAUAAUACAGCACUUCCUGUUGCAGGAAAUAGCAAUAGUGUAAUGGAUAGAAGAGGAAUGCCAGGAAUGCCCGAGCAAGAGGGUGUUAUGCCAGGAGGAAGGGUCAGUAACAACACACAUGGCAGACCACGACCUGUAACUAAUGGGGAGGUCAAUGCUAGUAUCUAUGACAACGAAGAGGACAGAUAUGCACAGAGUUUAUACAACAAGCAUGAUUCAUCAUCAGACUAUUUUGAGAACAAGAGAGUGAAAAAAUAUCUGAACCAGCCAAUCAGUCGAACAAAUAUGUCUGAGGUAAAACAGAGUAUUCAGAAGCAGGCUCCAAUGCCAGUAUCUAAUGGUUUUGGUAAACAUGACCAGAUGAGCAGUGGUUUACGUGCUGCUGCUGUCCAUGGUCAACUCAUCAGUCAAGAGACCGAUCAGUUAGUCCGUAAACCUACACGUCUGGAAACAUUACAACCUAUUGGUAAUGGUGGCAGGAAAGGGAAGAAGAAAAGGAACGAAUUACAACCGUUAUGAUUACAACUUAAGUAGAUACAAACUGGGUACUGAUGCAAUCAACCAAACAAUUUAUAAACUCUAUUGUUACCAGCAUAAUACUAACUGUAGUAAAUAAUCCUAUAGAAUUAAUGGUCAAAGUUAUUGCAAAUUAUUAUUGUGUUAAACAAUAUAAGUUAUAAAGAGAUGUAUGAAACAAUUGAACAAUAUGAUUCUUAAAAAAACAUUUUUAUGGAUUUCAAUUCUCUUUGGAAUGGCACUUAAUUUAAUUAUUUUUUUUAUUAUCCCAUACAAUGCAAUACUUUUUAUCUCAAAGGAUGAUUUAUAAACAAAUUUUAAUUAAUUUAGCAUUGAAAAUAUGAGAAAACUAUUAUUACUUUUCAAAUUUACUAUAAUAUGUGCAAUCGAACUUUGUAAGGAUUGGUAGAUACUUAAAUUACGUUUUUUACAUCUUUGAUUUGAGAAUUACAGCAGUUUUAAUCCAUGUCAGUUUGGUAAAAUCUGUUAAUUAAAUCUGACUAUCCAAUACAUAAACAUCUGAUAUUUUUUACUUUACAGAAAUAUAAUAUUGAUAUUUUAAAAUGUGUAUGAAACAUUAUUGAUUAUUUUAAGCUAUUUUUUAAAUGCUGGUUAAGUAUAUUUGAUAUAUUUCAGAUUUUGGUAAAAAUAUCAUAACCUCAUAUAUUUUUAUAAUUAAGUGUAAAAAAAACAGUAAAACUUUCAAGUUUUUUUUAGAUAUUUUUAAAGAAUCCAAUCCUGGUAUAAGCAAAUAUUGAUGUAGAUAAAUUGUGUCUUCACUCGUGUACUGCAAAUUUGUAUUUUGUUUUUGUGAGUGAUAUCUUUAUUUUUUGUUGCAACAUAUUCCUUAAAAUUGCAAACAGCAAGUGCUUCUGUGAUAAAAGUUGUAAAAUCAUAUCAUUAGAAUGUUGUUUGAAACAUUCCAUUGAUGUAAAAAUAUUGUUUGAGACUUUCCAUUUAUGUAAAAAUAAUGUUUUAGACAUUCUGUAGAAAGCAUUUGAAGUGCUUGAAUUGUGUGACAAUAUUAUCAUUCAUAUUUUUAUUUCUACUAAAUUUACUUGCAAUAUAAAUGUGAUAUUUUUUGUUAAAAUUUUCUUUUUGAAAAUUCAAAAUCGUAAUAGAAAAAAAAUCAUUGAAAUAAGAAAAAAAGACUGUUGGGCUAAUAUUGAUGUUAUCACAUGCAAUAUCAUACCUUUUAUUGUAUCAUACAGAGGUAAUGAUUGUUAGGCUGAUAUCAAUAUUGUCACAUGUAAUAUUAUACCUUUGAUUGUAUCAUACAGAGGUAAUAAUUGUUAGGCUGAUAUCAAUAUUGUCACAUGCAAUAUCAAACCUCUCAUUGUAUCAUACAGAGGUGACAAUUGUUGGGCUGAUAUCAUUGCUAUCACAUGCAAUAUGCUUCUGAUUGUAUCAUUCAGAAGGGACAAUUGUUCUAAUAUUUGGAGUGAUAUUUAUUUAAUAUAAAAAAAGUUGUAUGCAGCUUUGAAACUGGAAGAAUAAGAUUCUCUUUAAUAUUUUCACAUACAAAAAAGUUGAUAUUUACAAACAUUAGUCUUGAUAUACUGCAACUAUAAUCAUAGCUAUCUAACUAUGAAAAAAAAAUAUCCCUAAAUAAGCCCCUGAUUGUGAAAGAAGGAGAUUGACAUCGUACGAAAUUUCUCGUACCAGCAUUUACUAUAUUAAGAAAAUAAAGGUUAGAAGGUCUAUCCAAGCUGCAGAAAUCCAUAUGACUCUUUAAUCUUCAACAGACAUCUGGUAUUAUAGGACAGCUAGUCAGAUACAGCUCAGUAUUGUAUAUAAUCUUUAUGUCUUUCACAAAAAAAUCACAACAGAUUAUGAGGGUUAUAGAAAUAUUUUUAAUUAUACUUUAUAGUUUUUAUUUUUGUACUUUUUAUCAACAGUUCAGUAGUGUGCCACUUUAUAUAGAUAUCUGGUUAUAAGAAUCUCAGAGGCAUUAUUAAAACUGCUACAAACUAUCAAAGGUACCUUUAAACAUAAUGAAUCAGAAUUAUACAGAUGGAAAUGGUUUGCAGUAGUUUUUUUCAUGCCUGUUGAACAUUAGGGUAGCUUUAAUCGGUAAGCCGAAAAUGAGCAGGCCUCAUCCACUAGUCAGUGUUGAUAACUAUUUUAGUCCAUAUCUGUCAUAGAGUAUUAAUUAUACAUUGUUAACUUUUUUUAUUUAUCCGACACAUUCCUCCGUCCAAUUAUUUAUUUUAUCCUUCUGUCCUAGGUGUGGAUAUUGUUGAUUUAUGCCAUACCAAUUUGUUGUUGAUUUGUAUAUAUCCGUCCAUGGAUCUGUUUUUUUAAUCAUAUAUAUAUAUAUAUAUAUUUAUUCUUGUUAUAACUCUUGUUGAAGUGUGUAAUAUCUAUACAAUGAAUGUGAAUUAAAAUCUUAAAAUGACUAUCUUGGAAGCAGCAAGUCUUGAUGCUGUUCCAGAAAUGAAUUGUGAGGGGGGUUGGAAGACACUUCCAUGAUAAAUUUGGUUGUUAGUGGUUUCCUUUUUAGAAAGAAAGCCUGAACAAUUAUCAGUUAUAGGAAACAAUCAAUUAAAUUGUAUUCAUGGUGGGUAAAAUAAUAAGUGUCUUUCAGCUCCCAUUUAUUUCUCAAACAGCCAUAAAAUAAAACCAAAUUGGGUUAUAUAUUUCAUUGUCAAAGUUUUUUGUUAAAGCAUAAUUUAGAUUUAAAGCAAAUGUAUUGUGUGAUGUUUUUCUGUCAAAAAUCAUGAAUUUAUCAUUAACAUAAUGUAAUUUAACCGUAGAAGAAUUUUAUUUGAUAAAACAAAAACAUUUGGGGAUCUUAUUAUUAUUAUAUUUUUUUUCUAAAAAUAGACAUUCCUGUUAAAUUUUUAAAGUAUCUUUUAUGUCACUGUAAUUGUUAUUUUAUAUUUUUCAAUUCUAACAAUCAUUCCACUUUCCACAAACAUUUGCCACUUUUGCCAAUUAAGCAUAAUACAUUUUAGAUUAAAAAUAAAAUGAAUAAACUUGCAAUUAUUGAUCAAUCGUUUACAGUUAAACCUUGUUGUACAGAUAAAAAAUAUGUCUGCAGUUAAACCUAGUUGUACAGAUAAACAAUGUACUAAAUAUUUUGUUUGUGAUGGGUAAUAACUUGGUUUAGCUGUAAGGACAUAAUUAGAAAUGGUAUGGGAAUAUUGGAGGCACUGUUAUACUUGGUUUAACUGUCUUAAUUUUUAAGAAUCGUAGGGAUGUAAUGGGUAUUAACUUGGUUUAACUGUAAAGUUUUACAACAUCAACAGUAGGGGAAUAUUGUGAGACACUGUUUUGUAAACAGGAUGUAUUUUUCUGUAAUUGUAGGACAAUCUACUGUAACUGUACUAUUGUUGAUCAAUAAAUCACAAUUGUUGUUUUA